AUGGGGGAUCUUUCCAAUAACAAGAUCAGUGGUUUAGAUGUUCAGAUAUUUGAAAGCCUGACUUCUCUGGCAAAACUAGAUAUAAGCCACAACAAGAUUUCUACAUUAGAAGAUGGAAUAUUUGAUAAUUUAUUUAAUUUAAGUGAAAUAAACUUAAGUUGGAAUCCAUUUGUUUGUGACUGCAAACUUUCCUGGUUGCCCCGUUGGGUGGAAGACAGAAAAGUGAAAGUUAUUCAAGCGUCCGAUACGAGAUGCACCCACCCUCCUGAGGUGGCAAACCUUUCCCUCUUCGAUGUCUUGUUCGUCAAUGCUACUUGUGGAGCUCAAUACGUAACGUGUCUGACAAGCAACCACACAGAAGGGGCUGAACUUGUCAUCGUCUUCACAUCUGUUCACUCUGGGAAUCUCACUGAGGAGACGUGUGGUGCCCUCUGUUAUGCUGAAGACCAGGAAUAUGGAGGUUUCAGCACCCAGGGGCAGUGUUUGUGUGGUACUGCCCAUGAAACAAACUCUUCCUCCGGUUGUUUGCCAUUUUGCACUGAGCAUUUGUCUGGGCAGGACUGUGAUGGCCCAUCACUCGUCCCCUCUCCCUUCCAGGCACAGCUCCCUGUGUCUUUCACAGGACUCCAGCCCCGGUACAGCCUACACCAGGCCGUGCUCUUCAAUGUCAGUAUUCCCAUUGCUGUCAGCACUUUACUGUGGGAAUUUGGGGACCAGACAGAGGUUCUCAACACCACUGGAAAUGUAGCUGUCCACAUGUAUGCCUUACCUGGGCAGUACAAUGUCACUGCCACCAUCUUUGUGGGCACCAAGGUCUUACACGUGCAGGCAGAAAUUGAGGUGGUGGCUUCACCCCAACAGUUAGAACUGCAGUGUCCAUCCUUGGUCAAGACGAAUGAGAGUCUGGACAUACGGAUCCGCAACAGAGGUGGCACUGGCCUCACGGUGUUGUAUGGUAUCACCGCAGAGGCUGGAGAGCUGGGCAGAGCAGUUCACCCCAUGUGUCCCCCGGAUGGCUUGGUUUUCCCGGGCAAUAACCACUGCUAUCAGCUGGUGGUGGAGAAGGCUGAGUGGCUGGAGGCGCAGCAGCACUGCCAGGAGCAUGGCAAUGGAGAGCUGGCUUUUGUGAGCAGCCCUGAGAUCCAGAGCUUCUUGGUCGCUCAUGUCAUCAGGAGCCUUGAUGUCUGGAUUGGAUUCAAUGAUUUUGCAAGCACUGGAGCGCAGCAAAGAGGUGAAGGAUUUAAUCUGGAGAGCUGUCAGAACUGGCUGCCGGGAGAACCCCAUCCGUCAAACGCUGACCACUGUGUCCGGAUGGGCCCAACGGGCCAGUGUAACACAGACCUGUGCAUGGCCAAGCACAGCUAUGUCUGCGAGUACAAGCCAAAAGGAGUUCUCUUAAAUGCCGAAAACUUCCUUGUGGGAGACCCUGUGUUUGACACACAUGAGGGUGUGAAGAAUGUGACAGAAGAUGUGCUGUCAGCUCCAUGGCAAGCUGUGGAGGUGAUGGUGUUCCCUGAGCUGGCAUUCAGGCACGAGGGAUAUUUGUCUGCCCUGGAGUUUGUGACGCAGGAACUGCAUCAACCCGUUCAAGUGAGGUUCCAGGUGCAUAGACCGAUAGAUGGAGAAGACUACCAGGAGGGAAAAAAUGCUACAGAACCAUUCCACACUGCUCAGGAUGAUGGGAACUGGACGCUACUUGACUGUCCUCCUGGUUUCCACUGGUGUCAUUUGACUAAUUUGUGCUCAUCACUAAACAACUGCUGCAACAUGACCGAGUGUGCCAACAGUUCUCUUGCCAGCAGCUCUGCCCCCGUUUCCCUUCAGCACAAUGAAAGUCAGCUCAGCUAUGAACUCAUCAAGGAAUUUUUCUUUACAAUACCAGCUGGCCCUUCUUCCCAGUAUCUGGUCACAUUCCAAAAAGAAGAUGUUUUUGUCAGGGCUGAGGAUGUCUUCAGUAUCCAGCACGAUGCAGACUUGGGCUUACUCCUCCAGUGCCAAGCAAGUACCACAUCCCCUUACAGAACCAACGUCUUAAGCAUGAACUCUUCAGAGUGGGCACUUGGCCUGUCUGAUGGCUUCAUUGGUGACACCUGGAUAAACAACACUGUUUGCUCUCUCCGAGUUCGCUAUGCCGAGGAACAGCUGGUCUCGGUGAUCAGCCCCCACAACGCGGGGCUGGAGCAUCCAGGUCGCUACACGGUCAGAGCCAGCGUGGACAACGGGGUCUUCAGCGCCAAUCUGUCUUGCAGUUUCUGGGUGACUUCAUGGGUGUCAGGCCUGCGGGUCAUCCACCCCGCUCCUCAAGGUGGCAGGGUCUACCUACCAUCCAACCACACUACCCUGGUUGUCAGACUCUCCUCAGGGCUGAACGCGACAGCUAGCUGGCUGGGGGACAACCGCACCUUCCCCUUCGAGGGGUCCUGCCCAGCGGCUGUUAAACUGCUGACGGCGGACUGUGCCAGGGAGACCAACGACACCUGGUUUGCUGUGGUCAGCCUGAGUGGCCUCAGGGAGGGGGUGAGCACCCACGUCCUUGUUGCAGAGAACGCCGUGAGCUCCCAGAACAUCACUGUCACGGUGAAAGUGGAGGAGCCCAUCCGCGGGCUGCGGGCCACCCCUGACCCUGAGAGCAGAGUCCUGCUAAAUACACGAGUGAGCUACAUCCCUGUGAUGGAAGCUGGGUCAGAUGUGACUUUCCGAUGGACAGUAGAUGAUAAGCCAUCUUUCACUUUUUACAAUGUUGUCUUCAACGUUAUCUACCAAAGCCCAGCUGUGUACAAGCUUUCGCUCACCGCCUCCAACCACGUCAGUAACUUUACGGUCAAUUACAAUGUCACGGUGGAGAUGAUGAAUAAGAUGAAGAACCUGACUGUGUUGGGUGUCCUGCCAGUCCUCCCUCAGAACAGCACCGUGGAGCUUACAGCAAGAGUUCAGAUUGAUUCAGCUGUGGAUGCUCUGUUCCUGUGGGAUUUUGGAGAUGGUAUCCAGGAGACGUACCUGUUCAAACCUCCCUACAACAAGUCUUUCCUUGUGCCUGAUCCCAGUGUCCAUGAGGUUGUAAUUGAGCACAACGUUUCACACGUCUAUCAAGACCCAGGUGAAUAUGCCCUGGUGGUUAUUGUGUCCAACCAGUUUGAGAACCUCACCCACUUGACCCCAGUUCACAUCUACAGUUAUCUGAUUGAUGUGAAGAUGGAAGCAGAGGAGGAUGUUUUAGUUGUGAGCCGUCCGGUCACCUUCAGAGCCGAUCCGUUGCCGUCUCCUUAUGGUGUCGUGUACACCUGGGACUUUGGGGAUGGGUCCUCACUGUUCACAGAGAGCCAGUCUACAGUGACAUAUAGCUACCCCAGAAGAGGGGUAUACAACAUCACUGUGACAGCGAACAAUACCAUAAGCAGUAUGGAGACGGUUGAGUGCUACCAAGUGUUUGAAGAGAUAACUGGGCUCCGUGUUUCCGCAGAUGAGGCAGCAGAGCUGGGAGCAUCUGUGACCAUUAAUGCCUCAGUGCAGACGGGGGACAGUAUCACCUGGAUAUUCGAUAUGGGGGACGGGACAGUGCUGAGGAGUCAGGUGCCAGUGGUGGAACACGUGUACAUAAAGGACAUCAACUGCACUGUGAACGUGACAGCUGUGAAUCCUGUGAACUCUGUCUCCCAAACUGUGCGUGUUCGGAUAUUUGUCCUGGAAGUACUCAAAAUAGAGCCUACUUCUUGCAUCCUUGAGCACCCAGAUGUGCAGCUCACUGCAUAUGUGACAGGGAAUCCUGAUGAAUACAUCUUUGAUUGGACUUUUGGAGAUGGCUCGUCCAAUGUCACAAUCAGCGGGGACCCUGUGGUGAUGCACAACUUCACCCGAAGUGGGACUUUCCCCCUCUCCCUGACUCUCUCAAGCAAGUUUAACAAGGCUCACUAUUUCACCAGCGUCUGUGUAGAGCCAGAGAUAGUCAACGUCACCCUUCUCCUUUCCAAGCAGUUCAUAAGGCUUGGUGAAGAGAGCAGCUUCCAGGUCAGUGCUGUGCCUCUCUACCAGUACCGCUACCGCUGGGAUUUCGGGAACAAUGAGUCCACUAGAUCGAGUGGGACUGAGGUGACCUACACCUACAAGAACACAGGAGUCUUCCUGGUCACAGUGACCGUCUCCAACAACGUCUCUUUCAACAAUGACACAGCGUUUGUGGAGGUUCAGGAACCAGUUGGGGUAGCAAAGAUUGAAUAUAACGGGACGAGUGUUUUGGAGCUGAACCAGAUCUACCUGUUCUCUGCCAGCAUGAAUGGAACCAAAGUGAGUUACUGUUGGGACUUUGGAGAUGGCACUACCCAGCCUGGGCAAAUCGCUACCCACUCCUACAACAACACAGGCCAUUACACUAUUAGUGUGAUGGGCCGGAACGAUGUGAGCUUUAACGAGACCAUCAUCGACGUCGAAGUGAAACGUCGGCUCCAUGGGCUGACCAUCAAUGCCAGCAGGACAGUGGUGCCAUUAAAUGGUUCGGUGAGUUUUGUAGCCACACUUGCAGCUGGCAGUGCCAUUCGCUACUCGUGGAUCCUCUGUGAUCGGUGCACUCCUAUCCAAGGGUCCUCCACAAUUUCCUACACUUUCCGGUCCGUGGGUACAUUCAAUGUAAUUGUGACAGCAGAGAACAAGAUCAGCUCGUUGCAGGACAGCAUCUAUGUCUACGUCCUGGAGCAGAUUGAAGGCCUGCAGGUGGCUAGCAGUGACCUGGUGGAGGACAUCUAUUUCCCAACUAACAAAACACUCCAUUUGCAGGCAGUAGUGAGAGAGGGAACAAACAUCUCUUACAGCUGGGUAGCCCAAAGGGAUGGCAAUGCUGUGCAGACCUUCACUGGGAAAACCUUCUCCUUGAGCAUCCUAGAAGCUGGAAACUACACUGUCUAUCUGAAAGCCACUAAUAUGCUGGGAUGUGCAACUGCUAACAGAACACUGGAGUUCAUCGAAAGCAUUGGUCUUUUAAAGCCUUAUGCCUUCCCAAACCCAGUUGCUAUUAAUGCUUCUGUUAACAUAAGUACCGCCAUAACCAGUGGCACUGGCAUCACAUACGUUUGGUACCUAGAGGAUGGCUUCUCUCCUGUUACCUCUGAACCCUUUAUUAUACACUCCUUCCAAAGCCCUGGAGUGAUAGAGGUUGUCAUUGGGGCAGAAAACAAGCUGGAUUCAACCAAUGCAACAAUUUGUAUCUGGGUAGAGGAGGUCAUAGAGGGGCUGAGUAUAGGGACUGCAGAACUGGACUGUAGAUAUGUCUCAUCAGGCUCCACGGUGGUCUUCGAGGGAGAGCUGCAGCAAGGGACUGAAGUGACAUGGCUGUGGGAGGUGCCAAAUGGCACAUUGACUGGCCAGUCUGUGGCAGUCAUGUUCCCCACAGCAGGGUUUUAUACAGUCUAUUUGAAUGCAUCGAAUGACAUCAGCUGGGCUCUGGCCAGCAGGAAUAUCUCUGUGCUGGACAGGAUUCAAGGACUGGAAGUUCUUGCCAGCAAGAAGGUGGUGGAGCCAGGGGAACAGGUCACCUUUGUGAUCAGGAUGUUGUCAGGUACCUCUGUGAGUUACUUGGUGAGCAUAAGUGGGGACUACUCUGUGGUGCUCAACGGGUCCAAGUACACGCAUGAGUUCACCAAAAGCGGUGAUUAUUUGGUGACUGUGACGGUGCAGAACCAAAUCAGCAUUGCACAUGCCCAGGUGCUCAUCUCUGUCCUGGAGGCCAUCCGCAAUGUCAGGCUCCUGAACUGCUGUGAGGAAGGCAUACCCACGGGCACGGAGAAGAGCUUCAGUGCCCAGGUGGAAAGUGGCUCCCGUGUGUCAUUCUCUUGGCAGUUCUCCCUGUGGAAAGAGCAAGGCCAGUCCGUGGUCACUGUGGCAGGAGAGAGUGUUUCCUACACUCCGGAAGCUGCAGGUCUACUCGAGAUUCACCUCAAUGCUUUCAAUGACUUGGGAGGUAUCAAUAUCACCAGAACCAUCCAGGUCCAAGACCCGAUAGUCCAAGUCUCCCUCACUGCCUCCAAUGCCUUUGUCAACAGGACAGCACUGUUUGAAGCAGUGGUGGUGCCCAGCAGCAGGAGUGUUGAGUUCUUGUGGACCUUUGGGGAUGGCUCUUCCACUCAAAUGACCAGGGUUGCGGUGGCCAACUAUUCUUACCUGAGCCCUGGGGAUUACCUGGUGGAGGUGAAUGCCACCAAUCUCAUUAGCUUCUUCAUAGCCCACCUCACUGUCACUGUGAAAGUCCUGGAGUGUGAGGAGCCAGAGGUGGAGUUAGCCUUGCCCCCUCAAGUAGUCAUGAAGCGGUCCCAGAGGAAUUACCUAGAGGCACAGAUUGACCUCCGAGGAUGCAUCAAGUACCAGACGGAGCACCUGUGGGAGAUCUACCGAGCACCCAGCUGCAUGAACUUGGAUGACUCCAGCAGGAUCCGUCUGCCAAAUGUUGAUGUGAACAGGCCCCAGCUAGUUAUACCAAAACUUGCCCUGGAAGUUGGGAACUAUUGCUUCAUCUUUAUUGUCUCCUUUGGAGAUACCCCACUGUCCAAAAGCAUCUUUGCCAAUGUAACUGUGAUACCAAGUAAGCUGGUCCCGAUCAUUGAUGGGGGGUCAUACCGUGUAUGGUCCAACACUCAGGACUUAAUCUUGGAUGGGGAGAAAUCCUAUGACCCGAACUUGGAUGAUGGUGAACAGACUCCGUUGUUAUAUGAUUGGUCUUGUACAUUCUCCUCCAAGAGCUCGGCUGCAGGGUGCUCUCUGAAUUUCAGUGCCAAGGAAGGAAUUGUCACAAUUUCCAAAGCUGUAUUAGAAGCAGAUGUGGAGUAUACGUUCGACCUCACCAUCAGGAAGGAGGGUAUGAGUCCCGAGGCAACAAAUCAAACCGUAUUCAUCAAGAGGGGAGGAGUCCCUAUCGUGUCCCUGGAGUGUGUUUCCUGCAAGGCUCAGUCUGUCUAUGAAGUGAGCAAGAGCUCCUACGUCUACCUGGAGGGGACCUGCCAGAACUGUCACAACGACUCCAAGCUUGGGAGAUGGGCAGCACACAGCUUUAAAAACAAGUCUCUCAUCCUGGACAAAAAAACUACCUCCACUGGCGACACAGGAAUGAACCUGGUCUUGAGGCAAGGGGCACUGAAGGAUGGGGAGGGAUAUACUUUUACCCUUCACAUCACAGACCUCACAACAGGGGAGGAAGGAUUUGCCUCCAUCGAUCUGCUCCCAAACCAGCCACCUGUUGGAGGAUCCUGCCGGCUGUCUCCCAAAGGACCCCUCAGGGCGCUGAUGGCAAAAGUGCACUUUGAGUGUUCAGGCUGGCGAGACACGGAGGACACGGAGGGCCCGCUGGUGUACAUCCUCCUGGCAUCCCGCUGCAGGGCCGGGCACUACCACGAGUUCUGCGUGUACAAGGGCAGUCGCGCCGAGCACAGUGCCUUCCUGCCCCCGGGCUUUCACGAGAGCGGCUUCAUGGUGUCCGUGUCAGUCCUUGUUCAGGACCAGCUGGGAGCGACCGUGGUGGCCAUUAACCGCUCCAUGGAAAUCGGCUUACCCGAGGGGUUCCCCAGCCUCUCCCACUGGCUCUACAAUCAAACUGACACCGUGCUCCAGGGCUUAGUGAAACAAGGGGACCCUCAACAGGUCAUUGAGUACUCUCUGGCCCUCAUCACCAUCUUAAAUGAGUAUGAGCGGUCCAUGCUUCUGGAACCUGAGACUGGGAAUGAAUUUGAACUCCGGACCUGGACUCGCAACAAUAUCACAGAAACCCUGAACUCGCUGAAGGUCAACACAGUUGAUGAUAUCCAGCAGAUCUCAGCUGCCUUGGCACAGUGCACGGUGGUGAGCAAGGAGCUGGUUUGCAAGUCGUGCCUGACAAGGACCUUGAACAAGCUGGAGACCAUGAUGACAAUUCUGCAAGGGGAAACAACCCAGGGCACUGUGACACCAACUGGCAUCGCCGACAACAUCCUCAACAUCACAGGUGACCUAAUUCACCUUGUCAAUACGGCUUCACAAGAAUCCAAGCCGCAGGAGCUGCUUGCUGAUUCCCACAAUUUGCUGCUAGCUCCCAAAGCCUACAACCUGUCUUCCAGCCUGAUGCGCAUCCUCAUGAAGUCUCGAGUGCUGAAUGAAGAGCCCCUUGAGCUGGUGGGAGGAGAAAUUAAGGCCACAGGCAAGCGGUCUGAUCCCUUUAACUUGCUUUGCUACGAAAACACACCGAACUGCCAGUUCUCCAUCCCCCAGGCAUUCAACACCACCCUUUCCAACCUGACAGAUGUCAUUCAAGUCAUGUUCCAGGUGGACUCCAAUCCUUUCCCUUUUGGUUACAUCAGCAACUACACCGUGUCCACAAAGGUCGCCUCCAUGGAGUUUCAGACACACAACGGGGUGCAGAUCCCCAUUGGGAGCCUGGACUCAGAGAAAGCCAUCACCGUAAUGGUGUCAAACAACACAGAUGCUGACAACCUCUCUGCUGGCACUGAAGUCAUCGAGGCAAGAACAUCUGUGAACCUAAUUGUGACUAUGGAGAGCAACAACAGAGAAGCAGGACUGCACUUCCAGCUCACUUACAGAGUCCUGAAUGAUCACUACAUUGCAAGUGAGCCUGAGCCAUUCAUCAUGGCUUAUCUCCAUCACGAACCAGAGCCCAAUGAGCACAACUGCAGUGCCUCUAAGAAAAUUGGCCUGGAUGCCCUGGCUGGAAGUGACCACAAGCUCUACACCUUCUUCACCUCACCCAGAACUGAUGACACCAUCCAGAAAUACUACUUCAACAUCACAAACCAUUUCAGCUGGUCCCCGGUGGAGGUGACUCUGGGGCUGUACACCUCCCUCUGCCAGUACUUCAGUGAGCAGGAGAAACGCUGGAAGACAGAAGGCAUCAUCCCACUGGAAGAGACCAGGCCAGACCAGGCUGUGUGCUUAACCCAGCACCUCACCGCCUUUGGGGCCAGUCUGUUUGUCCCCCCAAACUCCGUCCAGUUCAUCUUCCCUGCUCCAGGCCCAGGUCUCAACUACAUCGUUCUGCUGACAUGUGCCGUCUGCUUUGUGACCUACUCAGUGGCUGCACUGAUCGUGCACAAGCUGGACAUGAUUGACAUUAACCGAGUGGGGGUGAUUCCCUUCUGUGGGAAGAACGGGCUGUACAAAUAUGAGAUCCUGGUGAAAACUGGUUGGGGCAGAGGAUCAGGUACCACGGCCCACGUGGGGAUCGCCCUGUAUGGUGUAGACAAUAAAAGUGGUCACAGACAUCUGGAUGGAGAAAACGCCUUCCACCGCAACAGCCUCGACGUGUUUCAGAUCGCAACGGAGCGGAGUCUGGGGAGCAUCUGGCGCAUCCGCAUUUGGCAUGACAAUAAAGGGCUCAGCCCCUCUUGGUACCUGCAGCAUGUCAUAGUCCGGGACCUGCAGAGCAGCAAGAGUUACUUCUUCCUGGUGAAUGACUGGCUGUCGGUGGAGAGUGAAGAGAAUGAUGGCAUGGUGGAGAAGGAGGUUUAUGCUGCCAGUGAGACAGAGCUGAGGAGCUUCUCCCGGAUCUUCAUAGCAGAGUUGCAGCGAGGUUUCUUUGAGAAGCACGUCUGGCUGUCCAUGUGGGACCGCCCGCCUCGCAGCCGCUUUACCCGUGUCCAGAGAGCCACCUGCUGCUCCCUCCUCAUCUUCCUCUUCCUCUGCGCCAAUGCUGUGUGGUACGGCGUGGUGGGCAACGUACACCUCAGCAAUGGGGCCGUUUCCAACCUGAUCCCUGUUAAUGUGGACACAGUGGCUGUUGGUCUGGUGUCCAGCGUGGUGGUCUACCCUCUCUACCUGGUCAUUUUAUUUCUCUUUCGGAUGGCUCGUGGCAAGGUCUCCAUCAACCACACCGUGACUCACUCAGACCAGCAGUCCUUGGAGAUCGACAACUACCUGGACUCCUCAAUCCUCGACAGCUCCUUCCCCACCUUCCCCGGGCUCCGGGCAGAGGCCUUCUCUGAGCAAACCAAAACAGAUCUGUUCUUGGAGGACUCCAAAAGCCUCGUGCGGUGGCCCUCCAGUGAGGCCCUGCUCAGCUGGCCAGACCUCCUCAGUGACCCCUCCAUCAUGGGCAACACCAUCCAGAAGCUGAAGAGAGGCCGGGCCAGCCGCCACCUUGGACUCGAGGCCCCAUUGGCAACUGAGGAGGACAGCUUGUCACUUGGCGUUCACCAGGGACAGCCUCGAUAUUUCUCUGCCUCAGAUGAGGAUCUGAUCCGGCAGAUCCUGGCAGAAGGAGCUAGCGGCAUCUCCCACUCCCAGGACCUAGGGCCGUACAUGAGGGCUGAAACAGAUCUGAUCUCAGGCCUGUCCAGCGUGUUUGGGGAGAAGGUGGAGACUGUCAUGAUGCAGAAGCUGAACGACAAAGGCCAGAGCAUGGCAGCUCCUCCCAGGGAAGUGAGCAGAUCAGCCAAGUCGACAUGGACAGUUGCAGACCAAACAUUCAGGAAGCGCUUGCUCCCACCCUGGUGCUCCUAUCUGGCUCACGGUAUCAGUCUCCUCCUCUUCGCCACCUCCACGGGGGUCUCCGUGUGGAUCGGGGUGGGCUUUUCCUCCAGCGUUGCCCUCAUGUGGCUCAUCUCAGGGAUAUUCAGCUUUCUAGCAUCCUUCUUGGUCUGGGAGCCCCUGAAGGUUCUGCUGGAAGCCCUCUAUUUCUCACUGGUUGCCAAGCGCUUGCACCCAGAGGAAGAUGAUACCUUGGUGGAGCAUCCGUUUGUUGAGCAUGUUUCUGAGAAGAUCAGCAAAGUCCGACCCCCACAGGGAUUUGCCCUUUUUCAGGCCAAGGAGGAGGCCAGGAAGGUCAAACUGCUACACAGGAUGCUGAAGAAUUUCCUCAUCUACAUGAUGUUCUUGCUGGUGAUCCUGCUCACCAACUACGGAGAUGCCUCCCGCAACAGCAGGGCCUUCCUUUUGCAGAGCUCCAUCAAGCAGCAGUUGGGCAGCAAUGAAUUCCUCCGCAUCAAGAGGUCAGAUCAGUUCUGGGUCUGGAUGUCGCAGGUCUUCCUCCCUUACCUCUACAACAACCGGUCGGGUCAGGAGAGCUACAGCACCACACUGGGGACAGCCCGGCUGCGCCAGCUCAGGCUGCAGGAAGCCGAGUGCCAGCGCAGUGCCCAGGACGUCCUCCACGGCAUGGGCAUGACUGCCAGGAGGAACUGCACCGACUCGGACAGUUUUUCUACUGCUGACUACACAGCUGGCUGGAAGAGGGCAGCCAUGAAUGUGACGGCUGCGUGGUCCUACUCGCCACCCGACCUGACGGGGGUCUGGUACUGGGGUUACAUCUCAUUCUACGAUAGCAGCGGUUACGUCCAGGAGCUGGGGGCUUCGCUAGAGGAAAGCAGGGCUCAGCUGAAUUUCCUUCAGCAGCACACUUGGAUCGACAACAUGAGCCGGGCAGUCUUUGUGGAGCUGAUGCAGUAUAACCCCAGUGUGGACCUGCACGCUGCCAUCACCCUUCAGCUGGAGUUCCUGGGGGCCGGCCAGGCCAUCGCCGCGGUCACCAUCAGCCCCUUCCCGCUGCUGCGGCUCAGCAGGGGUGUCACGCUGCAGCUUCUCAUGAUGGUCUUCCUCAUGAUGUUUGUGGUCUACUUCGUGGUGUCGGAGUCAUUGUCCAUCAAGAAGGAAGGCAGAGCCUACUUCACCCUGUGGAGCAACUACAGCCAGUGGGUCUUCAUCCUGCUCACCACUUGCACCGUGGUGGUACAUCUCAGCCAAGCCACCCUUGCUGACCAGCAGUGGCUCAAGUACCUCAACAACCGCAAGGGUUUCACCAACUUCUACCAGGUGGCCUUUCUCAACACCGUCUUCAGCACCUUGGCUGCGUCCCUCCUCUUCCUCUUGACUGUGCAGGCUGCCCAGCAGCUGCGUUUCGUCAGGCAGUGGUCCGUGUUUGGGAAAACCUUUCAGAAGUCUGCGAAGGAGCUGACCGCCACAGGGCUGGCGUUCGCCGUCCUCAUCCUGGCCUACGCUCAGCUCGGCUUCUUGCUCUUCUCCUCCUCCUCGGAGUCCUUCCGCAGCGUCGGCAGCAGCCUCCUGCUGCUGUUUGCCAUGCUGCGGGGCAGCGUGAACCUCCGCCCCUGCCUGCCUGAGUCCUCGGGCCUCUACUACCUGUUCUGCACCAGCUACAUCAUCCUGGAGGUGUGGAUUGUGCUGAGGCUGUUCACCGUGGUGCUUAUCUACAGCUACCGGGAAAUGCACUUUGAGCUGUACCGCCCAGCCUUCGAGCCCCAGGACUACGAGAUGGUGGAGCUCUUCGUGCGCAGGCUGAAAAUGUGGAUGGGCUUCAGCAAAGCCAAGGAGUUCCGACACAAGGUGAGGUUCGAAGGGAUGGAGCCGCUGCCGUCCCGAGACUCCAGUGACUCCAAGUCCUUUCGGGGCCCCACUCCCAGCGCUGCCUCUGACAGCUCCAGGGCUUCCACCUCCUCCAGCCAGCUGGACGGGCUGAGCCUCGUGCUGAGCACCCGGGACAGCCUGGAAGUGGACGCCGACAUCCAGCGCCUCCUUUCCCUCUUUGAGAUGCUGCUCGCCCAAUUUGACCGGGUCAACCAGGUGACGGAGGACGUGUACCGCAUCGAGCAUCAGCUGGAGGGCUCUCAGAGCCGCCGCUCCAGGAGGAGGUACACCCAGAUGUCAGAGGACGUCCUGAGCAGGUACUGCGCAGGCAGCACAGAGCAGGGGCCCUCCCCCGAAAUCUCCUCCGACACGGACCUGCAGCCCCCGCGGGACGCCCCGCUGUCCCUCAACUCUCCUGCCGCCCCACCAGGCAGCAGGGGCUCUGUGCCCAGCCGGCUCCUUCGAGCUAGCAGAGGCAUCAGUGUGGCGGCUUCUGUGCUGCCCCCACACAAACCCUACGCUGCUGUAGCUCCGGCGGUGAAGAAGAAACGGCCCCUCCGGGCCAAGAACAGGGUGCACCCCGCUGUCAAGUAACAGGCGGCGUGCCGGGCAUCGCGGGGCGCAAUGCCCUCGGAGGGCAGAGAGCGCCUGGGAAGGGGUUUGCGAAGGGUGGGCUGUGCCUGCCGUGCAGACCUGGAGCCUCAGGAGCUGCCGCUUCUGAAAGCUCCCGCCGCGGCGGCUGUGCCUGCCGGGGCGCACGGGGCUGGUGCCGGCAACGGGGCUGGCACAGCCACCAUCCUCCACGGACCUGACCGUCUGCAUCAGAUGUGGUUUCCAGCAUUAAGGGUUGGUUGGAGAAGGCUGAGCCUUUCCCUCGGGGACGGCUGGGGAAGGCUGUGCGGGGUACGGUCAGCGUGCAGAAAAUCCCUGUUGGGGUAGGGCAGUAUUAAAAAGUUGUCUUUUUUGCUAAACGGCCCCAUCUGCAAACAGCCUGCAUAUGGCGACUGUCACAAGGACACUU